AUGACGGCCUCAUUUAGUACUGACGUCGGGCUUUUCCGCGGAACUAGCCGGUCGUCGUGACGCUGUCUCCGCCAAGGCACAUCCUUCCCAGUAUGGCUACUACCACGCCGUCACCCACGCUCUAUGUCAUCGGCUCCGGCCCGGGCAUUGGCAGAGCCGUGGCUCAGCUCUUCUCCGCCAAGCGAUAUGCCAAUGUGGCACUGUUCGCCAGGAACCAGGAACAGCUCAAGAACGACAGCGAGGCAGUAAUGUCCAGCAGCAACAACAACAACAAGAAGGUGCAAGUCCGCACAUACCCUGUCGACGUCACCGACUCUGCCUCCCUCAGCAAAGCGCUGGACCUGGCGGAGCAGGACCUCGGCAAGCCAGACUGUGUCUUUUACAACGCGGCGCGGGUGCUGCCCUCGAAGCUGCUGGAGCACGACGUGGGCGAGAUCGAGUACGAUUUCAAGAUCAACGUCUCCGCGCUCUACCUCGUCGCGCAGCGCUAUGUCCCGCACCUGCUUGAUCUCGCGCAGCAGAGCCCACAAUCCAGCAAGCCCGCCCUCAUCGUCACGAGCUCGCUCCUCCCGAAGCAGCCGAUCCCGCAGGUCUUCGCCCUCUCUUUGGUCAAGGCCGCGCAGAGGAACCUGAUGCAGAGUCUGUACAUGACGUACGGCGGGGACAAGGGUGGCGGCGGCGUGCACAUCGGGGUUAUCAACGUCGGCGGGCCUGUGUCCCCGGACAGUGAGGAGCGGAGUCCGACGAGGAUCGCCGAGGUCACGUGGCAGUGGCUCGAUGGUGCCCAGGCUGAGCCGUCGUUUGAGGUGGACGUGUGAUUUCGCCAUGUCGAAAGAGCCAUAAAGAGUUGGUGGAUGGGCAUCGCACUGCUGAUGGCGGACCGUCCUAUGUCGUAGAUCGCGGUCCAGCUCACAUAUGAAUAUCAGCGCUCAAGCGAGUGUCCGGUUGGAACGCAGCAUCAACGAGAAUGGCAAUUCUGGUCUGUACCUGAUGGCGCCCAUCGCGUCCCUAUGCCACGAUUUCGCCGAGCCAACGCCCAUGGGUCAUGCUGACCUACAUGCCGUAUCGGGGGCCUUUGUUGCGACUUCUAUAACAAGCUCCGAAAAUGAGGCUCUCCUGCCAUAAGCUCAUAGUAAGGCUGCCGGCAAUGGUCGAGAAGCG